CCGGGCCCUGAUGGCGGCCGAGGGGCCGGAGCCGGGCCCGGAGGCGUCGCUCGUGUCUCUGUACCGCUGGCUGGACACGGUGCCACUGUCGCGGCCGCGCAGGAACAUCGCCCGCGACUUCAGCGACGGCGUGCUGGCGGCCGAGGUGGUGAAGUUCUUCUUCCCCUCCCUGGUGGAGCUGCACAGCUUUGUCCCCACCAGCUCCACGGCGCAGAAAGUCGCCAACUGGGGACACCUCAACAGGAAGGUGCUGAGCAAGCUGAACCUGCGGCUCCCUGAGGAGAUGAUCCAGGCCCUGGUGCGGAGCCAGCCGGGAACGGCCGAGCAGCUCCUGCAGCUCCUGAGGGACAAAAUCCUCCAGAGGCAGACGAAAGGCAAGGGAGGGGCUGGGAAGCCCCCAGCGGAGUCGGCAGCGCUGGACGAGGGCAGGUACCUGGAAACAGGCCAGCCCAGGUUCCAGAGCAGUUUGGGAAGGGGCUGCAGCCAGGACAGCGCUCCCAGGGCGGUGACAGUGGCGGUGCCCGCGCCGCCAGGGGCCAGCGCUGGGGACAUGCGACAGCAGCUGGCGGAGCGCGAGCAGGCGCUGCAGCUGGCGCGGGACACGAUCCAGAUCCUGCAGGCCAAGGUGGGGCGGCUGGAGCAGCUCCUUCUCCUCAAGAAUCUCCGCAUCGACGACCUGAGCCAGCGGCUGCAGCAGCUGCAGGGCCAGCGCCGCUGAGCCGCGACAGCGACAGCGACACCGCGGGGACAGCCGGGGACAGCC